AGUUUCACAAAGCGAAGACUCAAGAUUUCAUCAUCUCCGACCACGGAAAUGGCCCCCAAACCAGAUCCCCAAUCCCUUAACGCCGGAAACCUGGCUGAUCCGGCGGUACAAUCCUCAAUAGAUCCACUGUUUCACAUCCUGAAGGUCCUUCCCUACUCCUUCCUCCGCCCGCCACGCCUCCGCUUGAAACUCCCAUCACUCACCCUUCCUUCUCCCAUGACCGUCUUCGGCCUUGUCCUGCUCACUUACUUCAUGGUGGUCUCCGGUUUCGUCUACGACGUUAUCGUCGAGCCCCCUGGCAUCGGCUCCACUCAGGACCCCGCCACCGGCUCCGUCCGCCCCGUCGUCUUCCUUCCCGGCCGCGUCAAUGGACAGUACAUUAUCGAAGGACUCUCGUCUGGUUUCAUGUUUGUGCUGGGUGGGAUUGGGAUUGUUCUCCUGGAAACAUGCAACUGUAGCCGACGAUUGAAGCCACACGCGGUGGUCGUGAAAGACAGAUCUGGAGAAAGAAAGAGACAGAAGACCUUAAUAGGGCUUUAAUUCCAGAUUUUUGGUGAUGCACUGCAGAGAUUCUGCAGCCAAAGUAGAUUGGGGUUAGAGAUGGAUGAUGAAGAGAAUUUACAGUAAAGAGAACAUGAGAUC